AUGAAGUUUGAAACCCCAUAUCUGCACAUGGGUGUAGCUGCUAUACAGCUUGUAGAGGAAAUAAAAAUACUGGGUCUAACAAUAGACCGUAAAUUAACAUUCAAUACUCAUGUUGCAAAUAUUUGCCGGAAAGCAGCAAACCUCUACAAGCUGUUGGCAAGGUCGGCAAAAAUAUCAUGGGGACUGAACCCGGAGGUUGUCAGGACCAUAUAUGUGGCAGUCAUUGAACCAACCAUCCUUUACGCGGCAAGUGUCUGGGCCGCAGCAGCGUCAAAAAUAACAGUGCAAAAGCAACUCAACGCCAUACAGAGGGGCUUUGCACAAAAGAUCUGCAAGGGUUACCGCACAAUCUCACUGAAUGCAGCUCUAAUAUUAGCCGGCAUUCUUCCGCUGGACCUUCGGGUGCAAGAGGCAGCGACAUUUUACGAGGCGAAGCGAGGGAGACCUCUCGAACAUUUGGAAGGCGGAGACAUGGCAGACAGGGAAAUUGAGGAAAAGGAGUGCUUCUUGAACGCUCUGCAUCCGGCCAGCGAGGAAGACAUAGAAUUCCAAUGCCUCGAAAACACCGACCCUCAAACAUUGGAAGAGUACCAUAUAGAUGGUAAUAUGAUAUUCACCGAUGGUAGCAAAAUUGAGGGUAAGGUGGGGGCAGCCUUGUCCCGCUGGCUGGAUGGCGGAGAGGUAGAGUACAAAAAAUUUAAAUUAGAGCCCUAUUGCUCCGUAUUCCAAGCGGAACUAUUCGCGCUGUGGAGAGCAGUGGAGAUGGCGUCAGCUCAUAAGGUUACCAACAUUCUCAGCGACUCUCGCUCCUCCCUAGAACUCCUGAAAAACCAGAAAGAGUUUCAUCCUCUAGCUGUCAAAAUCCGGAAAACUUUAAGGAAAUUGCGUACUCAAAACAAGACAGUCAAACUCUUCUGGAUAAGGGCACACGUGGGGGUAGCGGGAAACGAGCGGGCAGAUGAGCUGGCCAAAGAAGCUGCUCUCAAACUUAAAGUAAAGUCUCACUACGAUCGAUGCCCUACCUCAUUCGUGAAGAAUAGGAUAAGGCAAUCAACAGUUGCAAAGUGGGACCAAAGAUACCAAGAAGGUACGACAGCAGCAACUACAAAAGUCUUCCUCCCUGACGCUAGAAUGGCGUACCGCUUCGUAAGGAAAGCCAAGUUCACGCCGACAAUGGUGCAAGUAAUGACGGGACACGGGGGCUUUGCGGACUACCUUUGCAGAUUUAAGUUGAGGACUGACGCGGGGUGCUUCUGCGACCCAGAUAUAAAACAGGACAUAUGGCAUAUCCUCCUGGAUUGCCCAAAAUUUGGUAAAAAAAGGUUUGAGUUAGAGAUGCAGAUCGAUGAGCAACUCAAAAAGGAAAACCUGAAUAAAAUUCUGUUCAACAAUAAUAGUAGAGUUCCGUUUACAAACUUUUGUACAACAGUAGCAAAAUAUAUUGCAGGAUUAAAUAAAUGA